CAUUGCCCUUUCAGUUACGUGAUCGUGAGACGUUUCUGCCAUGGUCAUCACGCACUUCCACUUUCAGAAUAAAAUACGUCAACAACAUUAGCAGUUCGCAGAAGACCUUCGAGCCUUAACAUCGCCUACUUUCACUCAAAACAGAACUCAGCAGAGAUGGACACUGUUCCUAAUUUAGACGCCACUGUGUCCAUUUUACAGAAACAAAUCAUUUCUUCCAAGAGCCCUGAAGAAAAGGCGAGUUUUGAAAAUAAACUGGGCGAGGAAAUGCAGGCAAGAGAAUUGAUCAGAGACUCCAUACUACAGAUUGCUGAAAAGGCCACAGAUUCUCCAGAGCAAGCACAACGUGUUCAGAAAUCAGAGAGCACAGGCUAUAUGCGCAGAACCUACAAGGAGGUUGUUGAAUAUUACAGAGAGAAGUGUUUCAACUGGCAUGAAUCAAAGUAUGUGACAGCACUUAAACAUCUCCAUGUAUUUGCUAACCUUUGUGAAGAAGAAAUCCCAGUUGAACGCAUUAAGUCUGCAAUUGAUGAAGUAAGUGUAACUCUGAAAGAAAGAAAGCUGGAAGAUCCUUACCUUGUGGACUGAACACUACCUGGAGCUCUGGGGGGAAAAAAACACAUGCAUGUGUUUUUGCGCUAAAUAUACAUAUUUGAAAUUUAAACAUUUAUUAUAAUGAAAGCAUAACCUAUUGUGCUUCAAAACAUUUAUAAAUCACUUGAUUGUGCUUAUGUUUUUACUAAUGCUGUUUUUCAAUUUUUUCUUAAGUUGUACAUUCAUACAGUAGAUAUAUACACAAAUAAAUGCACU